AUGGCUUGGAGAAAGUUAUCAACUAUUUUUGGGGCGCUUCGAGAGCUGACUUCACGCUUCUCACAAGAGAAAAAAGACCCAGUCUCAUUUUGGAAGCAUAGGCGCACAAAUCCCUCAAUCUUCCAAGAGCCAGUAUUUUUAGCAGGAUUCAUGAACUGGCAAUCCAUGACUUUUAUUGAAGCUAAAGAACUAUCUUCAGAUUCUAAAAUGUUUAUUUUCAGUUUAGGAGACCCUAAUUUGCAGCUAGGCUGCCCUAUAGGUAACAGUAUCGCCUUUAGAGCUAAUCUCCCUACCAAAGCGCAUCCAGAAGGCGAAAUAAUAAUGCGAGCCUAUACCCCAACAUCUAAAAUUGACCAAAGAGGAACAAUAGAAAUUCCUAUUAAAAUUUAUAAUAAAAAUGCCAAUCCAAAUUUUCCAGAUGGAGGAAUAAUGACUCAAUAUUUGGACACCUUAAAGCCAGGAGAUAAAGUAUAAUCCGUUGGUAAAAUUUCUUAUGGACGUUAUACGCGCCAUUUUCAUAUGAAAUUUCAAAUUAUGAACUUGCCGCACUAAAAUCUGCGUUUUGAAACGCAUAUUUGGUUUUCACAUACCAAAUUCAAAAUGAGAUGCAUAUGCAUGAUAAGAAAUUAUUGCAUACAUAAUAGAAGUAUGUGGACCAAAAGGAAAAUUAACAUAUUUUGGUGAUGGAAAUAUGGAUAUUAAAGGAAAAAAUUAUAAAAUAAAAAACAUUGGCUUUGUUGCAGGAGGAUCAGGGAUUACACCUUGUUUUCAGCUGAUUCAGUAUAUUAUUGAUAAUAAUGAAGAUGUCAAUCUAUCCUUGAUUUAUGCAAAUCGUACAGAAAAUGAUAUUUUGCUUAGAGACAAACUGGACGAGUAUGCACAAACAGGAAAAUUAACUCUUCAUUAUACCCUUGAUACUCCUUCAGAGACUUGGAAAUAUGGAAGAGGAUUUGUUACUCGAGAAAUGCUAGAAAGGUACUUGCCAGCUCCUUCUUCAGAUACUCUAAUUUUUUUCUGCGGUCCUGAUCCAAUGAAUAAAAUGUUGAUAACCAAUUUGGAAGGUCUUGGCUACUCUAGCAACAAUUUAUUAAAAUAUUAA